GUUGGUGUUGGCAGACAACUUCAACUAGAACUAGUUGGUGCCUGGUGGUGUUCUGCAGUCCCUCUUCUCCCUCCCCUCAAUGAAUCAUAUUAUUAGCUUUUAUUAUUUCCACUUUGCAAUCAUUCCUUCUCUGAUAACUGAUUCUCAAUCUUCGUUGCCAAUCAAAAUUCUCGCCUUCCAUCUCCUCUCCUCUCUUAUUGAUUGAUUCCAUAGCCAGCCAAGAGUUGCCAAUUGCUGUAAAAAAAAAAAAUGGAGAGAAGAAAAUUGGUUUCCACAUCUCAGAAGAAAACCCUUCUCUCUCUUUUAUCCAUCAACUUGAAGAAACUCACGAUCACACCUCCAAAUGACCUUGAGUUCUCUGAUGUCUUUGGCCCAUCAUCAACCCCGCAUGACCCUAACCAUUCACACUCUCCUUCCACGUCAUCUUCUGUCCUGGACCCCCCUGUCAUCCACAACAGGUCCCACUCCUUUGUGGGUCCCUCCCCUCGCUGCCCUCUUCCCUCUUCUCCUCUCCCCUUCCACCAUAUCCAAGAAGAUGAUGAAGCUGUAAUAGAAAAUGAAAGUUGUGACAAUGAAAAGGGAAAGAGCGAGGAUGAUGAGGGUCAAGUGGGCAGUUGUGGUAAUAAUAAUAAAAUCGGGCCUGCGGAUUUUGAGAUACUGAGAGUGGUAGGAAAGGGAGCAUUUGGUAAGGUGUUUCAAGUAAGAAAGAAGACUGGUGAUAGCAAAGAAAAAGGAGGAGGAGGAGGUAGUGGGGAUGGGAUUUAUGCAAUGAAAGUAAUGAGGAAGGAUACAAUAAUUAAAAAGAAACAUGUUGAUUACAUGAAGGCUGAGAGGGAUAUCCUGACUAAGGUGGUGCACCCCUUUAUUGUCCAGCUUCGCUACUCCUUUCAGACCAAGUCUAAGCUUUACUUAAUCCUGGAUUUUAUGAAUGGAGGUCAUCUCUUCUUUCAUCUUUAUCGGCAAGGGAUCUUCAGUGAGGACCAGGCAAGGUUUUAUACUGCUGAGAUAGUAUCUGCUGUUGCCCAUCUUCACAAGUGCGGGAUUGUGCAUCGGGAUCUUAAACCUGAAAAUAUUCUCUUGGAUGCUGACGGGCAUGUUCUACUGACUGAUUUUGGACUUGCAAAGGAAAUUGAUGAAUCAAGCAGAUCCAAUUCAAUGUGUGGGACCACUGAAUACAUGGCUCCGGAAAUUUUACUGUCCAAGGGCCACAAUAAAGAUGCAGAUUGGUGGAGUGUUGGAAUACUUCUGUAUGAAAUGCUAACUGGGCAGCCACCAUUUACACACUCAAAUAGAAAGAAGCUUCAGGAGAGAAUUAUCAAAGAGAAAGUCAAACUUCCACCAUACCUUAGUAGUGAAGCUCACUCUUUGCUGAAAGGAUUGCUGCAGAAAGAACCAUCAAGAAGGUUAGGCAGUGGUCUUGAUGGCGGGGAUGAGAUCAAAGGCCAUAAAUGGUUGCGGCCAAUCAACUGGAAAAAAUUAGAGGCGAGAGAACUGAAGCCAAAGUACAUACCAGAUGUGAGUGGCGAAGACUGUACAGCCAACUUUGACCAAUGUUGGACAACAAUGCCCCUUGAUGACUCACCAGCUCCCACACCAACUGCUGGUGAACAUUUUCAAGGGUAUACUUAUGUUGCGCCUAACCCUUGGCUUUCAUCCGGAUGAAUUAAAUGAUUAUGAAGCACUGCCAACCUAAUGAAAUUUGAAAAGAGUGGCUAAAGUUGAAAGUCCAUAAAGUAGCCAUGAGUAGCAAAAAUAGGAGCAACAAUUCCCUCUGUGAGAACUCAAUGAAGGUGGCGGUGAACAUCAUGAAAUUGUCUUCAUUUUCUAUUGCUAAGAUGAGUCUGGGAACACAUAGUCCUCCAGUUGUCACCAAAAGUUACAUCCCUAUGACAGGCUCGGUCAUGGUUGCUAAUGAACCAUUGCUGUCUCAAAUUCCAGGAAGUCGAAGGUCACAAGAGUCGCAGGGGAGCUCAAAGCCAAUAUCAUUUGUGAUGCAGCCAGAUGAAGGUAAUGGUUCUAAACAUGCGAUCCACAAGGAGAACAGUGUUAUAGAUGGGAGGGCUUCUGAUUAUAUCAGAAAGGUACACGAGAAAAACCACAAUGAUGCUCGUGAGAUGUCAGAACUCUCCUCGUACAUGCUACCUCCUCCGCCAUGAGCAGUGAAGUAGCUACCUUAACACGUGUUUUUCAGUAUUUCUUGUUACGCAUUUAAUGUUUGGCUGAAAUAACCUGAUAAGUUAGAUCACUGAAAAAGAACUGGAUCUUUCAUAUCGUUUCCUUGCUUGUGUUAGUGAUUAGUGUAUUCUCAUCUGGUUCUUGUGUACUCGCCUUCUCUCUUAAGGGAAAGGGGCCAUGGUCCUGGACCAGAGGUUAUCUCCUAAUAUGGCAUAAAACUGUGUGCCUGAGUGCUGCAUAGCAUGCGUUUCUAUUUAUGGCUUUUCCAGAUCUUCUAAAGAAACUUGGGUGCCUGUAAAAUAUGCUUUUAUAUUUGCUCGCUGAAGUUUACAAGUCAUCGGAUCUUUUAUCA